CUGCAACUUCGAAAGUUUGACGAAAUGUACCGUUGUUUUGCCAGCAAAUUAAUAAAUAAUACGAAAUACUUAAUAACUCAACAUGCAUACCAUUUGAAGAAUACUAGUAUUCAUUUCUGAACAGUUUUUCUUUCAGAAUAAUAUAAUAUGAGUAAUAUAAGGAAACGUAAGGGCGAAAAGAAGUCGAACGAGGUCAGCGAACUUUCGGAAGAAUGUUACACAGAGAAUACCAUAAAAGAAAGGGAAGUUGGAGAUGGAGCUCCUGCAGAAUCAGAACCUGAACCGCUUUCUCAUGAACAAACCAACAACAUACUUAUGAAGGAUGCAGAAAGUUCACCCUCUAGUUGUUACCUACAUAUCAAGAUAGAUCUGGUGUGCUUGACAUUGCUAGUUAUAGCACUAUGCACUCGCUUGUACAAUCUGCAGGAACCAAGAUAUAUUGUAUUUGAUGAACUACAUUAUGGAAGAUAUGUGUCUUUGUACACCAAAGGCAUAUUUUUCUUUGAUGCCCACCCGCCACUGGGCAAGCAGCUGUUGUACCUGGCGGGCAAAGCUGCUGGCUAUGAUGGCAACUUCACCUUUGACCGCAUUGGCUCACCAUAUGCAGAUGAUGUGCCCAUAGGAGCUUUAAGACUGGUGCCUGCAGUGGCGGGCAGUUUACUAGUUGCUGUGUCUUAUCAGUUGAUGCUUGAAAUGUGUACAUAUCAAUGGACAGCUAUCUUAGCUGCUGUGUUAAUUUUAUUUGAGAAUUGUUUCCUAGCCCAGUCAAGAUUUAUGUUGCUGGAGUGCAUUCAGAUGUUAUUUGGACUAUGUGGAGUUCUCUGUGCUAUAAAAAGUACAAAAAACAAUGGUGCCUCUUCAGUAAUUUGGCUGUGCAUCAGUGCAGUUUCACUUGGCUGUUGUUUUUCCGUUAAAUACUCCGGCCUCUACACAUACUACCUGGCAGUGUUCAUAGUGGGCCGCCAGAUCUGGCAACGGAUCGGCGAGACGGACUCCACCCUGCGACUAUUGUUCUCUGCCCUCUGGCGCCUGCUGGUACUGGUGGCACUGCCGCUGGCGGUCUACGUGGGCGUGUUCUACGCGCACUUGGCAAUGCUGCCGCGCGCGGGGCCGCAUGACAGUGUGAUGACGAGCGCGUUUCAGGCGUCGCUGCAAGGUGGGCUUGCUAGUAUCACGCGUGGACAACCGGUGCACGUAGCGCACGGCUCACAGAUCACACUAAGGCACACUCACGGUCGCACGUGUUGGCUGCACUCGCACGCGCACGUGUACCCGGUGCGGUACGCGGACGGGCGCGGCUCGUCGCACCAGCAGCAAGUGACGUGCUACAGCUUCAAGGACGUGAACAACUGGUGGAUCGUGAAGCGGCCCGACGUGGCGUCGCUGGCCGUGGCGCGUCCGCCGGACGCCGUACGGCACGGAGACGUGGUGCAGCUCCUGCACGGCAUCACUAGUCGCGCGCUCAACUCGCACGACGUCGCUGCGGCCGCGUCGCCGCAGUCACAGGAGGUGUCGUGCUACAUCGACUACAACGUGUCGAUGCCGGCGCAGAACCUCUGGCGCGUGGAGAUCAUCAACCGAGCCAGCGAGGAGGCCACGUGGGACAGCAUCCGCUCGCUCGUGCGGCUCGUGCACGAGCGCUCGGGCGCCGCGCUGCGCUUCAGCGGCCGCCAGCUGCCCGCCUGGGGCUUCCACCAGCACGAGGUCGUCGCUGACAAGGUGCUCACGCAUCAGGACACUGUAUGGAACGUUGAGGAGCAUCGCUAUACUAAAGCUGAAGACAGAAAGGAGCGCGAGCGGGAGCUGGUUACCGCCGAGAUGAUCCCGCCGGGGAACACGCAGCUCACGUUCUGGGAGAAGUUCGUCGAGCUGCAAUUCAAGAUGGCGGCGCACUCGGCCGACGCGCCCGCCGGACACAUGUUCGCCAGCGAGCCCGCCGACUGGCCGCUCCUGCAGCGCUCCAUCGCCUACUGGCUCUCGCCGGACUCCAACGCCCAAAUCCACCUGAUCGGCAACCUAGUGACGUGGUAUGCGGGCUCGCUGUCAGUUCUCGUGUACUCGGGGCUGCUGUGCUGGCGGGCGCUGCGCGGGCGGCGCGCGUGCCCCGACCUGCCCGAGCGCGCCGCCGAGCGCUUCCUCGCGGCCGGCCGAGUACUCUUCCUCGGCUACUGGCUGCACUACUUACCAUACUUCUUUGUUGACCGCACCCUGUUCCUCCACCACUACCUCCCCGCUUACACGUUCAAGAUCCUCCUCCUGGCGUACGUGAUCGAACACGUGUACUACAGGCUGAGACUACUAGAGCGAAGGCGGCCGCUGGUCAACUUGUUCGUGGUGUGCGUUGCCGUGUGGCUCGCGUACGUGGUGAUCACGUUCAAGAAGUUCAGCGUCCUCAACUACGGGAACGUUGAUCUGACGGAGACCGAGCUCAUGAAUCUGCGCUGGAAGGACACCUGGGAUUUUAUAUUGCACAAAAAAUAAUUGAAUCUCUAGUUAUAUUAUAAGUCUGACUGUACUGAAUAGGUACGCGCCAUUCCCAAAGUCUCAUCACAACAUAUUUUCUUUAAGUUUAUAAUUUAUUUUGUAUGAAAUGCAUGUUUUAUGGAUGAAGGUAUUGUAAAAAUUCAGUAUUA